AUUAUGUUGCAAUAAUUUGAUCUUUAAUUAAAGUUACAUAAACUAUAAUUGAUUGCUUGCUAUUAUGGUAGUUUAUUUAUGGGAAUAAUUUCGUCCAUUUGCUUAACUUAAAAAUAUGUUAAUCGUAAAGGAAACCGUGAGUUUCUCUGACUUGUACUGUACUUCUACAAUUUUACACAGUCAUCAUUUUGCAAAACGUUCAGAUAAAUACUUGAAUACUUUAUGAAAUUCGAAAAGAUUAGAAAAGAGCCAAUGAAAUUUCAGUUUAGUUACAUUUUUUUCAAGUAAUUUCACAUAUCCUUUUUAAAAUUUCGACUGUUUAAGAUCAAGAAUUGGCAUCUUACGAAGUACCUUAACAUGCAUAGAAACGCGCUGUUAAUUUUAAUUUCCUUACUUUCUACUAGUUUGGCAGGACAAAGACCUGUAAGGAUUCGUAAACUAACUCUUCCAGCGGGAGCAGGAAAUCUCUUUGUUGAAAUCGAUACGACAUUUUCUUGUGAUGGAAAAGUGUAUGGAUAUUAUGCAGAUGUCUACAAUGAUUGCAAAAUAUAUCAUGUUUGCCAUCCUACAUUCUCUCAAACAGGUAGUCGUAUAGCUCUUCAGUAUAGUUUCAUGUGUCCGGAACACACAAUCUUCGACCAAAAAACAUUAAUAUGUGCAAGACCGAGUGUAGCCGUAACUUGCGAUUCUGCUGAGGAUUUCUACAAUACUAAUAAAAUAUUCCAACAUAGUUCUAUUUCGAAUACUUCCCCAGAAUCUAAAAAUAAGAUAAAUGGUAAAAUUGAUGAAAGUAAGGAUGACGAAGAGUGUAUCGAAGAAGACGUAACUAGCGCAAUUACAACUGAGGUAACUACAGAAUUUCGCUUUCAGUUUCCUGAAGCAGAAGAAGUACAUGCAAGCAAUGGAGAUAAAGAAAAUGAUGAUAAAUCUAGUGGUAUUAAUGCAAAAACACAUAUAGAAAACAGUUACUAUAAACCGAUUACAACCGUUUCAAAUGAUGCUAGUGACGGAUUGAUAACUCAGUCAACAAAUGAUAAGGAAUUUUCAUCCGGAGAAACACCUGAUGAAAUUUUCACAGACUUUAUCCACGCUCAAAACGAAAAUCUUGGAAGUAACACGGUGAAGAAAGCAACACAAGAAUCUUCAGUGCUUACAGAGGAAGAAAACUUUAAAAAAUUGCACGAGGAUCAAACAUUAAAGAGUUUUAUUAAAGAUGAGAAGAUAACAACUUCUUGGCAUCCUGAAGAAACAACUACUGAAUCAAAGGUGACUUCAGCAGAUAUUGUUAUUUACGAUAGAAAUCGCAUAAUGAAGAUGUCUAGUGGUAGUUCGAAAGAAGAUUUUAAUACAUUUAAUCAUCGAGAAAUGAAACAAUCUUCAAAUACAACACAAGAUGUCACUACAAAAUCUUUCAUUUCACACUUAAAUCAUCGAUUCGAAGACUCUUCGAGUAAUCAAAAUUAUUUUGAAGUCUUAGCCACAACUGAAGAUCCUGAUAAUUCUGGAGCAAUUCACUAUUUCAUCAAUGCAACCAAUCUAAAAAUGGAUAUAAUAAACAAUUCGCGUGUUGCUAAUAGCAAAAACUUGGAAUUAAAUGAUGAUAAAACUAUAAAUGAUUCACCUAAGAUGAGAAUUAUUGGUGACAUCAUAAAUAUUACAAGAGAAUCUAAAGAAAAAAUUGUUUCUAGAGACACAGCUUAUGACUCCGCAAAUUUAGAUUAUGUUCAUACAGAAACUGCAGAAAACUUGAGCACAAUGAAUGAUCCAUUGUACCAAAUAAGUGAACCUGAAACACGUAAUCACAAGCCAGCGAAUAGAAGUGAGACUGAAGCACAUGGUGAAAGCUCAAGCACACGAGACGAACCAUCGUAUAGAAGUGAAACUAGUACACAUGAUGAAAGUGAAAAGUCUAUAGUUUGUGAGUUGAAACAAAAUACCAAAACUGAAGAUCAAACUGCAUCCAGAAUCAUCAAAUAUCCUCAAUUAAGAGCCAUGCAACCUGCUUCAUCAUCAGGUUUAUUCGAAUUUUCCUAUCCCAUCCCAGUGGCAUACGCGAUAUCUAUUCCAACUGUUCCGAAUACAAUGGCCGAAUCUGAAAAUUUUCGAAAAUUCGCCCAACCUGUACAGUUUAUUUAUCCUUCUCAUGUAAUAUUCCCUUCGAAAGAAAGAGGUGAUUACGUUAUUUCGAGAAUUCAAUACAAAGGGGUAGCUCCUACUAAUUAAAAGAAAAUUUUGUUAAAAUAAAAACUAAAAGUUUUAUUUUAAAAAUUG